AUGAGUCUGAAGCCCGGGCCAGCGUCUCAAAGCGCCGGUCUGGCUCGGUACAGUUUGGCUGCUGCUGUGUACGUGCAGCGGCUGCCCGUGGUGUCCGCAGACUGGUCUCCCACAGAGCAGCGCUUCAGAGACAUGAUGGCCCAGAUGGAGUUGGAGAAGAGUUUGUUAUCGGACCAUGAGCUGCGGCUGAUCGAAGAUGCAGAGCGGCUGAAGAGGAAGCAGGCGGACGACUACGACUCUGAUGAAGAGGACGUCCAGAUGGAUCAGGACAUCGUACUGGCCCAGGACCUGGAAGACUCCUGGGAGCACAAGUUCAGGAACAUGCAGUUUACUCCCAGGGUCAGAGACGACGUGGAUCAGGACUUGAGUUCGGUGCAGCGCUGUCUGAUGGACUUCCUGGUGCUGGUGUCUGAACACGCCGUGGGGGAUCAGAAGCUGUGGCUGCUGCCUCAAAGAGAGUGGCAGGAGGGCGAGACGCUGAGGCAGACAGCGGAGAGGGCCCUGGCUUCACUCCCCGUGGGUCUCGAGGCCACGUUCCUGGGAAACGCCCCGUGUGGAGUUUACAAGUACAAACUCCCCAAACCUCUGCGCACUGACAGCUCGAUUGGGACAAAGGUGUUUUUCUUCAAAGCUGUUUUGUCAGAACCUUCUGCUUCCUCUCACAGCGCCCUCCUGUGGCUGAAGAAAAGCGAACUGCAGAGUUACCUAAAACCAUCGUACAUGAUGAAGGCACCCAAAAACCUCUGCGCGCCAGCUCCUGUGUUUGCCCUGCGUCUGCACUCUCGUGCGACAGUGGCCUCUGUAGCGUGCCUUCGACUGCAGCGACAGUCUGGGGCAAAGCAGCAGCAGCAGUUGUUGGCGUGUGGCGGCGGAGUUUGUAGAUCGUAUUUGUAA